UCUCACUCAGACUUGAGACAUGUACUCAGUUCUACUUCCUCACCCUCCGUCUUCACCCAUUUCAACCCGAACCCCAACCCUAACUUCAGCAGAUGAGAGAAUCAACGACGCCUCUCCGUUCUUCUGCAAAUUUAUCAUCAAUUCAAAAUUUCCUCUGCAAUCCAAGACUCAUAUUUCGCUCCUCUGUUUCCUUCAAACCCAAUCGCCAACCCUUCAAGGUUACAUGUUCACAGACUUCAGACUCUCCAUCCAAUCAAACUCCAAAAUUGAUUUCAACUCUUUGUGCUAUUCCCAACUGGGCUGACGGUAUAAAGGAGCGGGGAAUGCGGAAGAAACGAUCUCUCUAUAACCACGAGAGUUGGCUUCAGCAUCGAAGCUCUCUCCGUCACGUUCGUCAUCUCUUAUCAAGCCUGUCGUCUAGGGUGAUUCUCUCCUUGAUCCCUCCCGUGAUUUUUUUUACUUCUGUUGCUGCCGUCGUCGCGACCUAUAACUCGGCAGUUUCACUGCAUUGGUUGCCUGAGUUCUUCCCCUUGUUGAGGGCUUCUUCACUGCCGUACCAGUUGACAGCGCCGGCUCUGGCGCUGUUACUUGUUUUCAGAACAGAGGCAUCGUAUGCGAGGUUUGAAGAGGGAAGGAAGGCAUGGAUGAAGGUGAUUUCCGGUGCGGAUGAGUUUGUUCGUCAGGUGAUGGCCAACGUGGAGAGUUCGAGUAAUGUGGUGCUGAAGAAGGCGUUGUUGCAGUAUAUCAUGGCGUUUCCUGUUGCUCUUAAGUGUCAUGUGGUUUAUGGCUCAGAUAUCAGAAAAGAUCUGAAGGAUCUCCUGAAAGAAGAUGAUCUAGAAGUCAUUCUCAGCUCAAAGCACCACCCUCGCUGCAUUAUCGAGUUCAUAUCUCAAAGCAUUCGUUUGUUAGUCUUGGAGGAUUCAAAGCGUGUUGCAUUGGAGUCAAAAAUCUCUUGUUUCCAUGAGGGCAUUGGCAUUUGUGAAGAGCUUAUGGGAAUUCCAAUUCCUCUUUCGUACACUCGCUUGACCUCAAGGUUCCUGGUCCUCUGGCAUCUCACUCUUCCUAUCAUACUUUGGGAUGACUGCAACUGGAUUGUUGUUCCAGCUACUUUUAUCAGUGCUGCCUCUUUGUUCUGCAUUGAAGAAGUUGGUGUUCUCAUAGAGGAGCCCUUUCCGAUGCUUGCUCUUGAUGAGCUGUGCAACCUGGUUCAUGACCGUAUUCAAGAAGCAAUUUCCAUUGAGCCUUUGAUUCAAGGUCAGCUUCUUGCAAAGAAAAAAUGCCACUCUAAUGAGCACUUGACAAAUGGUCGGCCCACCUCCUGAGUGGAUAGAGUAUUGUGUCUGCAUUUCAGAAGUAAACCAUCUCCAAAAAUCACG